AUGGAUAUAGACCUUACACCUUCACAAGUCAAAAAAAUUAAAGAUAAUAUCCCUCAAUUUCCAGUUCUAUCUUUCAAAUUAACAUCAUCAAUCCCACCCUUUCCUCUUAACUACUCGCAACUUCCAACUACUUUUACUACCUCACAAGUAGAUACAUCUCAAAUUCAGCCCACUCAAACCAUGCUCAUACCUGCAUUAUCU